ACUGUGUAAAUUACUUUUUGAGACGGAUAAAGGUAUUCUUCUUAUUUGUGUACCAAUCCAAUAUGCUUUCGUAAGUGGGUGUGGGGUGUGGGUGUGUGGGUGUGCGUGUGGGUGUGGGUGUGAGUGGGUGUGGCGAGAUGAUCAACACUAACACCCACACCCUCUGGAAGAUCUAUCUGAACUGCUGCGAAACAUUGAUAUCGAAGAGCAAAUCACAACCGAGGAACAGAACCUCAAAAAAAAACAGGAACAGCUUCUCCAGCUCCAGCAAUGGUAAGACGAUGAAUUGAAAGACUACCUAUACAAGUCGCACUAAGCAUAAUUAAUAACAUACAAUUGUACUUCGAUUUCUUUCUCAAUAAAAUUACCUCUUUCUCCAAAUGAUGCAUCUCCCUGUAACCCCUAUGUACUUUACUAAAGCUAAUUUUCUUUCAGAUAGCUCACAAACUCAAACGACUAGAACAUACAUAUGGAUCACACAAACAAAUAACAUCUCACUACAUCGCUAUUUUUCAACAAAAUCCACCAAUCGACAAGUACGCAGCAUGACACUGCAUUCCAAUUUCAUGAAACUGAAUAAUUCUAUAAUUUAGAUUCACGGACAGCUUUAUUCUAAACUUACCUGAUGAUGCACCCAUAAGCAAGGUUCAAAAACGAUCGUGAUAAGUAGCUUAGAAUAUUCUUUUAAACACACCCACACCAUCAGUGAAAAAAAUCAGUAUCAUUAUGUUUUUCAAAUGAAAUUUAUUUAGGACUGAAUUAUGACAAAUCAAAUUCAAUAUUUUUUUUUCUAAAACAUAAUUGAUAUCAUUAUUUCUUGAUGGAAAUAAAUUCAUUUCAAGUCUAACGGUUUUCUUCAUUUAUUCACAAAUUUAUACUUCAACUUUAUUCUUUUCUUUUUUAUUAAUGAUAAUAUCUAAAUUUAUCAUUUCGAUCAACUUUCUCUCGAGAAAAAAUUCUGAAGCGAACUGCGAAACCAAAAAAUUGUUUUUUUGUAAAUAGCUUUUAUUAACUUUUGCAAUAAAUAUUGUUGGAAGCAAGAAAAAAAGAAACCCCAGGUCGAGCAAUCCGAUAGUAGGCACCUAUCGGAACCCAUCCGAUCCGACUGGAAUCCAAUAGGAUUUUAUCGGAUCCUGCCCGAUCCUACAGAAUUAUCGUUGGAUUUCAGGCCGAGGAAUUGAUGUCGGAUCCUCAGUGUCGGAUUCCUAUGAAUUCCAAGGAAAAACUGUUGUAUGUCAUCGAAAGUUCAUAGGAUUCUGACAAUGAGGAUCCGACAUCGAUUCCUCGACCCGGAAUCCAAUAGAAUUGUAUUGGAUUGUAGGAUAUUUCCAGGUUCCUAUCGGAUCCGAUGUCGGAUCAGUCGACCUGGGACGUGAAAAACUUUUUUUUUACAAACUGAAGAGCAACCAAUCAGUUCGAAUGAAUCACCCUCAUUUGAUUGACUUGGAAAAUAAUCACCAAUAUAAUAGUUGGUAGAUGACACUGAAAUAUUUUAAUUAGUCGAUCAAGCGAUGAUUCAUAGUGUUCAUCGUUAGAUUAACUAGAUUUCUAAAAGUUCUUUCGGUUUUAAGCUCUAUAUACAACACACGAACAGUGUAACCUGGUAAUACUUAACAUUUGAGCACUAGAUGACUAUUUAAAGAUAGCUUUAUGCAGACAACUAUUCUAUGUACAAUGAAUGUAUUUUAGCUAUUAAAAAUUUUCAUUACUUCAAUUUUACAAAUUUUUUUACCCAGUUUUAAAUGAAAUCAUCUUAUUUUGAAAAUGAACUAUUUAGAAAUGUUUUUGAAUGCGGAGUAUAUAAAAAGAGACGAAUAAUAAAUAUGCUGAUACUAUUUUUAUUCUUUCUGAUAUUAUUAAAUAAUUCUUUUAUUUAUAUCCAACCGACAUAUAUAUAAAUAUAUAUGGAUCAUUAAGAUAAAAACCAAGAAUAUUAUUUUUAUUUUUUUAUUUUUUGUUCUUAGAUAUUGUUAAUCCAUUCUUACGUGGAAGGUAACUAUGUAUCCAUUUAUAACCCAGGUCAAAUCUUCCUGAUAGGAUCCUACAGGAACCGCGGGUAAUCCGACAAAAUCCGACAGACGGAUCCCAUCGGCUACCGGUGGUCGGAAUCCGGUAAUAUCCUUUGAUUUCCGACACUUUCCGACGGUAGGAUUCUCUGGGAUUCCGGUGGUAGGAUCCGUUGUUAUCCGAAGCUCGGGAAUCUACCGGAUCCGACCAAAACCGACAGUUUUGUUUUUUAGCUACGAUCUCGUUGGUGAUAUUCUAAAAAAUUCAAAGCACUAUGCCGAUCUAAAAAAUCUUUGCUUGAAUAACUGUCUUUCAAGUCGCCCUACAAGUUCGAAAAUGAAAAAAUACAUGAACGUAUUUCAUAAGCUGCGUUUAAAAAGCAAUUUUAUAUAAUUCGUCGAUUAUAAUCACCCGCAGAAUUUAGUUCGUUAGAUUUACUUCGCAUAUACUGUAUAUCUUAAUCAAUAAAUUUCAACGAGGUCGAUUUCACAAAAACGAUGGUAGUAUUUCCCACCAUUUUCGAUAAAAAAUUUCACAAAACCCUAGUAGAUAUUGAAAUAAUUAAUCAGUCGCCUCACUUCUUGAAGAUUGAACUUGCAUGAAGUACACUUAGAUUUUAAAACAAGAGCAAAUCGGUUGUAUUCUGAUAUUGCAGUUGAAAAGUUUAGUAGAGGUUUCUUAUAAGUACCAUACUGUUUACGAUUCAGUUCAAAUUAUAUGACUACUAUAGUUGCCCUUGUCCUUUUAACAACUCUUUCAUCGGAAUUGCUUCAAUGAUAUUUUAUUAGCUGUUUUAAGAAUGUGGUAUAAAGCAUAAACGAAAUUUUCAAAUACAUUUUUUUCGAACGGUUUUAAAAGAAAUAAACAAUUGUUAUACUUUUCUAAAUGUUACCAAGAUAAGGCUAGAAAAAUAAGACUUUAUCAUUAGAAAGAAACUGUACAGAAAUUUUUUUAAAUCGUUUAUCAUUAAUUUCAUUUUUAAAACAGAUUGUUGACAAAAUCAUAUUUAUGUGCUGACAAAUACGAUUCAAUUAUUUAUUUAUGGUGUGUAAAUAAAUAAAUCAAUGAGUACAACCACUGAUAUAAUAAUGCAUAUUAAUGAGAUAUAGUUGUGUAAUUUGUGAUCGCAAUAUCUAGGAGAAAAAACAUAAAACAAUAUUGUUUUAUGUUUUGAUUUUGAUUUUAGGAAUCAACAUUGAAUCGAUUUCAAUGUAAUGCUAAUUUUAUGUAUAAAAAAGAUUAAAUUUAAAUUUAACUUAAAUUAGAACACCGUUUAAUUAAUAGGAGAAAAUUUAGAAAACUUUUCUUUUUUUUGGAUAAACACAGAUACGAAUUAACUUUUAAUGAGAUAUUGACAUUAAUAAUAGUUUCAAAUCUGAAAACUAGCACUAAUUUAGAGUAAAAUUCACAAUCAAAUCAAUAAUUAUUUGUUUCGUUCUUCUAGAAACGGAAAUACUUAAUUUAGCUUAACAAGAAUUUUGUUAAUAUAUUGGAAAAAUAAAAUUAUAGAAUCUAAAUUGAAAUGAAAUCAAAAUAUCAUAAAAAUAAACUGAAAUAAUUGUUCGUUUUUCUAUCGUCAAACAAAAUUCCUUUUAUCUGAAAGGCACAAUUGAUUUGUCGUACCGUUAAUACACAUAAGAUAGAAUCGUCAUAGGUAUCGUCCACUCGCGGCAACAAUGCGACAUCUAUCGACAUAAUGUUUUAUUGGUGAAAUAUCAUAACAAUGUCACAAGUAAAAUGAACAGAAGUAUCGACUGGCCAUUUUACUUUAUUUAGUAGGGGGCUUGGUAAGCAGGGACAUACUUAAUAAACGAUUCUUUUUUUCUUAUCUUGGUUGCACCGAAACUUUCCACGUAAGUUCUACUGUCACAUUGUGAUAAUUUGUGGUUUUAUGUAUUUUAGGAUAUUAUAUCUGGUCAUAGUAAAAAUAUUAUUGAUUGUGCUACACGUGUUUAUUAAAUUUUUUAUAGGGAUUUGUAUUACGUAUGGUAAGUUCACUAUGCAGAAACGCUCGUUUUUCUAGCAUUGAUGCGUCUUUUGAGUACAAAAAAACGAUACAUAAAAGGCAACACUGAUACUGGGAAAUCGCUCAGAGCAAGUUUUCCCUACUUUAAUAGGAUAAGUGAAAUUCUUUAUGCCGUAAGAAGAAAGUAGCUAGUGGCUAUUUUUGAAUAGAGAACUACCAGUAUUGUAUCAGCUUAAAUGCUAUUUUUGAAUGGUUUUCAUUCUUUUUCAAUGUCGCUAUUUCUUUUUUUAGGAUGAUAUUGAAUUACAAGAUGCAUUAGAAUUAGCUAAGACAAAGUACGAAGUGCAUUUGAAAAAAAAACGUGAGAAGUCAAGCCGAUGCCGAUCCCAUCCUUAUGCUGACAAUGUACAUAAAAAUUGUUACCGACUUAUUUGUGUAUCACCGUGUUCACCAUUACCAAUUGAAUAUUUACCCGAUGGAAUUACGCCGAAUAAUAUUAGCAAUGAUGAUAGUAAUUCAAUUAUGCAUGAUGAUCGAGAUUUACAAUGGAUUAAUAAUAUCGACAUGGUUGAUAUUAAAUCAACUUCAGAACCGGUUUUUCAAACAGAUAAAACUGAUGAUUCCAAUGAUUAUGAUUCACCGCUUCAUCCAUACACCGAUAUGCUUACCAAUUCAUUUUGUUUUCGUCUUCUUAAAUCAUUUCGUUACUCAAAACUUUCACAGUCAGAAUCUCAUCGUUUAUUUGAUCUUAUUCACUCUGCCUUACCAAGCCCCAAUAACUUGCCGAUUAGCAUUAACAAACUAUUGCAAAAACUUGAACUAAACCAAAAUUUUUUUCGAAAAACAAAUAUCUGUCUAUUAUGUUAUAAAGAAAUAUCUGAUGAGAAUCGUGUUUGUCUUUCUUGUCCAACAUCAAAUAAAAAUAAUAUUGCAGCUAUUUACGAUUCAGAUGUUAAAUCAAUUUUAUGUGUGUUGUUAGAGAAGAUUGGGGAUUCGAUUCGAGUCUACAAGAAUGAUCUUAUAUUAAAUAAUGAUACAUCAGGUAGCCUCGAUAUUGGAUUUGCUUAUGCGUAUCAAAAUUUGUUACAUCGAUUUUCGAAUGAAAAUUUUAUUACGGCUUUGAUGCAUUUGGAUGGGAUCGGCCUAUGUAAAUCUAACAAGUUGAAAAUGUGGUUAUUAUCUUUUUCAAUCAUAGAAUUACCAGCUAAACUGAGAUAUCAGAAGCACAAUAUGGUUAUAGUAUCGAUCUGGGUCAGUUCCAAAGAACCAAUAGCAUCUGUAUGGCUUCAAAAAAGCAUUAAAAAGUUAGAAGAAUUGAAAUUAACAGGUGUUAUCGUGAAUGAUCAGACCAUCAAAUUAAAAGUACUGGGUAUAACCGGUGAUUCACCUGCUUUAAAAAUAGCACUCAAUUUCAUUAGUCACAACGGAUACUAUUGCUGUUACUUCUGCUAUUUACGUGGUAUUCAUCAAAAACAGAAGCGACAAUAUCCUUAUGAGUGCUUGCAUCAAAUGCGAACAGUCAAUAGUUUUGCUCAAGAUGCAACAGCUGCAGAACAAUUAAAUAGAAAUGAAAAAGGACAUUUGGGUGUUUCUAUUUUUUCUAAUAUUGUUGACAUAAAUUUUCCAUAUGGGAUAAUUGUUGAUUAUGCUCAUGUGAGCUUACUUAGACAUUCUAAAUCAAUAUUUAUUGAGCUUUAUCGUCGAUUGACUCCAUAUGUUCGUAAUAUUGUUGAUCGUGCACUGAUACACCAGCCAUUUCCACAUUUCUUUCACCGUCAAAUGAGACCUUUCAAUGAUCUUUCAUUUGUGAAAGCAACUGAAAUUCGCAACAUUCUUUUCUAUGGAAUUCUUCCUAUUUUUCACAAGCAUGUUUCAUCUGAAAUUCUUGGUCAUUUUGCAAUGUUUAUUACUGCGCUUCGGUUAUUACACGGAAAGCCCAUAUUUGGUGAUCGAACUUCAGAUAUAGCUGGUGAUCUUUUAACGAAAUACUAUAAAGAUUUUAGUUUAUUUUAUGAUGGACUUGAGAACUUUGUUCUCCAUUUACACCAGCAUUUUAAGAAUCAAUAUGAGAUGUUUGGAGCAUUCUCACAUCUGGGUUCAUUCGGUCAAGAAGCAUUGAUUGGGUACGUAGGUUCUAAUCGAACGGGUACUAGGUUCUACGGGGACUUAAUAUGUAAGAAUUAUUCCAUUGAUUUUUUACUUCAUCAUAAAAUGGAAAAAUCGAAUCAAUUUACUAAAAUCGUUGAUGGACCAUUUGAUCAGGAAUUUAAUUUUGAUUUUAAAAAUAAUAGUCUUUUUCAAUUGUUACACAGUGUGCAAUGUACUUGUGCAUCACUUGAUUCAUGUUUAACAGCUUAUCGACGAUGUAUUAUCAAUAGUCAAGUUUAUCAUUCAUUACAAUACAAACGUCGACAAAAAAGUGUUAGUUAUUUUGUUCGUUAUACUUCAACAGCUGUUCCUAAUUCGUAUUUAUUUGGUAAAAUUAUAAUUUUCUUCAAAUGUUUGAAUUCUACGUAUGCACUCAUACAACAAUAUCCAACAAUUAGUCGCUUUAGUGAUCUAUUUCGCUCUUCGUCAUAUUAUGAACUAUUGGAUCGAUCAAUUAAUCAUUUAUUUUUUGUUAUUUCUCAACAGUGUAUUUCUUCAUAUGAAACAGUUCUUGCUUCGUGUAUCUUAGAUAAUUGUAUUGUUUUUGAUUGUGAAGAUUAUCAUAUUGCUACACCAGUCUCAUCAUACGAUGAGCAUGACUAA